AUGGCGGAGGGAGAGGAGGCCAUGAGUCCAGACGACUGGAAGGAGAAGUGUGAGGUUCUGGAGGCGCUGCUCAUGAAGUUCAGAGUCCAGAUCAUCAAGAUCCGAGAGCUCACUGCAGACAAGAUUCAGCAGCUGGAGGCUCAGGUGAUGGAUGCAGAGAAGCGCGCCUUUGUUUCUCACCAGCAGCUGCAGUGGAUGGAGGAGAAGCUGAGGUCUCCAGAGGACCAGGCCGCGGACAGUGAAGUGCGUCUGUUUGACCAGUGUCGGGGUCUGCAGGCCUCGCUGCAGGAGAAGACUGACAUCAUCUCACAUCUGGAGCAGCAGCUGGAGGAGCAGAAACAGAACAGGCUACAAGACGCCAAGACGGUGGAGGAGAAAGCCGCCAAGAUCAAAGAGUGGGUGAUGCUCAAGCUGUCCGAGUUUGAAGUGGAAAAUGCAGCUUUGAGAGAAAUGAGCAAAGAGCAGGAGACCCAGAUCGUGGAGCUACAAAAACAAGUGGAGGAGCUGGAGCGGAGGAGUGCAGCGUCCCAGUCCAAACCCGGGGAGGCACAGCGUCUGAGCAGCCUGACCUUCGGAUGUUUCCAAGUGCGAGGGAAAAGUCCCCAGGUCCUGACCGGUCUGGCCCCAGCACAAAGGGCCCUGAGCUCCACUGGGGAGGCGGAGGAGGGGGACACUGCAGAGAAGAACGGUGACGCCUCUGCUCCAGACGCCAAUGCACACAGUCCUCCACAGUCCGGCCCUGUCCUGUGUCUGGAUGAAGACAGUGCCUCUGAGGGCCUCUCUGAGGGCCUCUCCGAGGGCCUCUCCGAGGGCCUUUGUGGCCUGACGUCUCGGGGCGUGUCCUCCGUCCUGUCCAGCGCAGCCUCCGAAGGCGACGGAGUGUGUUUGGAGGAGCGUGGAGGAAUGUUUGCCUCUCUGGAGUUCAGCCGUCCUCCCAGCGAAGCUUAUCUGACCGCAUCGGAUGACAGCAGCUCCCUAUUCGACGAUGACAUGCAGCGCACACUCGGCGGCAGCAAAGAAGCCGUCAAAAGCAAAUUGGAAGAUUCAGACGAGCUCAACAAACGCUUCCAAUCCCAAAGGCUGGACUCGUCAUCGUCCUCCAGCGACAACACUCCCAGCCCGGUUCUAACCUCAGCGCUCACCCCAAAACGCCCGCCCCAAGAUUCUAGAGACACUCCCGCGUCUCCCAAACAGCCACGCCUCAGAACCACCGCAGGGUUUGGACUCACAAACUCGGCGUUAGCCAAAAAACACUUGAGUCAACCUUCGAUCUCAUCUGAAAUCACUCACGGACAGACCAGGAACGCUCUCAGCAUGCUACGUCCGCUCAGACCUCACGAAACCAACCUAGACCUCGAUGUUGGCAUGGAAAUGGGGAUGGAGGCCCUGACGAGGUCCAGAACCUCCAGUACUGCUGCUGUUGAUGGUGGUUCUGGUGCUGGUGGUGUUGAUGGUUCUGGUACUGUCGAUCCACAGACGGAAGGAGGGUCUGAUGAGAUGACCUCGGGGAACAAACCUCCCACUCCUCCUCUGCACAGGCUCCCGUCUUGGGUGAGAACAAAUAUGUUAUAA